UUCCUCGUUUGCAGCCAUGAUCCACUUAAAAUCCUUCACAUUUCUUUGCUGCUUUCUAACCCUAAUUCCCUCCCUUGUACGAGGGGACUGCACAUGCGAACCCGAAGAUGAAGAUCGGGACAAGUCUCAAGCCCUCAAAUUGAAGAUGGCUGCUAUAGCCUCCAUCCUCGUCGCCGGAGCCAUCGGUGUUUGCUUCCCUAUGCUUGGGAAAACCGUCAAGGCUUUACGUCCGGAGAAAAACAUCUUCUUUAUCAUCAAAUCCUUCGCCGCCGGAGUCAUUUUGUCCACCGGCUUCAUCCAUGUUCUUCCUGACGCUACAGAGAACUUAACGUCUCCUUGCCUCAAUGAGAAUCCUUGGGGGAAGUUUCCGUUCGCCGGACUCGUGGCGAUGGCUGCUUCCAUCGGUACAUUGAUGAUCGAUGUGUUUGCUACGUCUCAUUACACCAAGUCUCACCUCCAUAAAACCCAACAGAGCGACGGUGGUGAUGAAGAGAAAACAGGGGAAAACGAAAAUCAUUUGCCGGUUCAUACUCAUGCCACUCAUGGCCAUGCUCAUGGUUCCGUUUCUAUGCUUCAGCCUUCGGAUUCAGCUCAGCUCCUUCGGCACCGAGUAGUAUCUCAGGUUUUGGAAUUGGGAAUAGUGGUGCACUCGGUGAUCAUAGGGAUAUCUUUGGGUGCUUCUGAAAGUCCAAAGACGAUAAGGCCAUUGGUGGCUGCACUCACCUUUCAUCAGUUCUUUGAAGGCAUGGGACUUGGUGGAUGCAUUUCCCAGGCGGAAUUCAAGUGUCGAGCAGUGACGAUCAUGGCACUGUUUUUCUCGCUGACAACGCCGGUGGGAAUAGCAAUAGGAAUAGGAAUAACAAACGUAUAUGACGAGAGCAGCUCGACCGCGCUUAUCGUGGAAGGGUUGUUGAACGCAGCAUCAGCCGGGAUCCUAAUAUACAUGGCGCUGGUGGAUCUUCUGGCUGCUGAUUUCAUGAACCCAAAGUUGCAGAACAAUGGAUUACUACAAGUUGGAGCAAGUGUUUCUCUUCUUCUAGGGGCUACUCUGAUGUCUCUCUUGGCUAUUUGGGCUUAAAAUACUGUCCCCUCCUAUAUUUACUUUACACACUCAAAUGGAUUUUAUUAAAUUUUUUUCUUCUGCUCUACUUGUGUAUUCUCACAAGAGGGAUUGGUGUCGGUUUCUCCUUGCAAAAACACAGUAUGUUAAUUAGAAAGCUUUGAGCUAU